CGUCGGAAAUAUCGGGUGAUGCGGCAGUAGGGGAAAUACCGUCGAAGGUGGGGAUACGUAUAAAGUAAGUCCAACUGGUGCUGCCCCCACGUUACCUCCGUCGCAAUGACGUGCUCAACGGUCAAAUGCGCGAAAAAUUUCAUCGCAGACCAAUGUCCAUCGAGUCGGUACCGCGUUCAGUUGCGUGUGUGUCCGCAUCAUUAAUAGACAAAUAUUUCAAAUUUUUUCGACAACAAAAAAACAGAUUUUCAACCGCGUUGUAAAAUAAAGUAGUCACUCUCCCCAGGGCAUUUACCCCGACAAAAUCUGAAAUUCCGGAUUCAGUUGUACCGCGACUCUUGUCGGCAUCGAGUCAUCAAAACAACUCUCUGAAGAAUAAACAACUGCUCGAGUUAUUCCACCAAAAGUGACUUUAAACAAUCUCCCACAACUGCUAUAAUUACCGACUAAUCGAGAAAAAGACAUUUUCGUAAUAAAAGAUAAAUCGAGAAGAGAGUGAUAAAGUAGUACCUCACUGUCGACGAAAAAAUUGAAAUAAAGAAAAAAAGAAGGAAAACAAAGGGGGAGAAUAAAAGCCUGAGUAUUGGACACGUUAAAAAGACGAGUAAAAGAGGAACAAUAGCGUGGGCAAUUGAGAACGUCGAAUCGAGAUUGUAAUUUGUCGCCGAAAAAAAAGCCUGUCGAGGUAAAAAAUAGGGGAGAUAUAACUCAAAAGAGGAAGAGAAAAAUUAUCAAAAAUUGGUAAAAAUUGAGGACAAUUGAGAGAAGUGAGGGAGUGAAUUUACCAGGAUUAUUUAUAAAUUACUAUUAUCGAUAUUAUCUUUGUGUCAACAUUUAACGUAAGACAAUUGCUUCAUUUCCACCAUUCGCCACCCCCUCUUUGUACACCUCUUUGUACACCCACCCCCCGUUGAAAACUAGUGUGCGAUCCUUCACAUCCCUAUUGUCCUUGACAUGAUAUCAUAAAGCGUGUCAUGUGAGAUAGGGACAUUAAAUCCCGUAACCGUACGGUUUAAUUCCGGUUGUUUGGCCCGGAAGGUGCAUUGUCCACCGAUCUCUGGACGGGAAUAAACGUGAGAUGGAUACAUCACAAAUUGUGACACAAUGACGACUGGAGUGUUGGCGCAAACACAUUAUCUCUGAAACUCCAAACAAAAUUGUUAAUAAUAACGUAAUUAAGCGUGGAUGAAAUCCGGAGAUAAUUCAGACCAGAAAUAAAGGCAGAAGUGUUGACGCUAAUUUAUUCUCUCUGAAACUCAAAAUUAAACAGACAAUUGCAGAGUAGCUCGAUUUUUUUUGGUGAAUGAAAAAAUCGGUGGAGUACACAAUUCGAAGGAAAUCAUUGGUUAGAAGAAUUGAGAGAGUGACAAGUGGAUUUUUGAAAAUUGCCUUUAAAAAUUGUAAUUCUAAUUAUUAUUAAAAAAUCGGGUGGAGCUGGACGCCGAUCUGGGGAAAUUAUUGAAUAUUAGAAGAGGGUGAAAAGUGGAUUUCUGAAGAGGAAACGAAGGACUAUCAUAAUCAGGACCAUGUCUGGGUGGACAAAAGUGCCUCUCGUGAUCAUCUGCAGUGUCUUCUUACUCCUGGUGUUUUGUAUCGGAGAGUCUGAGGGGAUCCUGAGCUGCUACAAAUGCGGCCAGUACAAUGAUGGUGUAGGUAGUAUCACCCCGUGCAUCAAUUCGACCGCUCAAAUGCAUCUCCAGGAGUGUCCAGCCUCGGCUAAAUGGUGCAUCAAAUACGUGAGCGAAGUUUCUACAGUUCGAGAUUGCGUAAAUAGCUGUGUAGAAAAGGAGGUAUGGGGCACCCGGACUUACUGCUGCCAAGAUGAUGGAUGUAAUCGCGGUACUUCGAGCUUUUACGGUGGUACACUCUGGAUGGCAUCCUUGGGUCUUAUCGCUGGUCGACUUCAUGGCUAAUGAAGAUUUCAAUUCCUACAUUUUCCUGGCGGAGAUAAUUCGAUAGUAAAAAAAUAUCCACGUGAAAAUCCGUAAUAGUAAGCGUUACCGGAGGUCAAUAAAUAUUGGACAUGGAAUCGAACAUCGGAAUUCAGUGUCUUCCAUUGGACAAUGUAAUUAUUAUUAUGCACUUUGGUAAUUAUAUACCCUCCAUUGCACAUAUUAUCCGUGAGCAAUUACAACAUUAUGUUGUAAUUAUUAUUUCAGAGGGAGAAUUUUAAAAGGAAAUCAUCUCAAUUUGUUAAUUACGCUUGUUUUUCGUCGGGAAUUAUGAUUGUGUAAUUAGAGUUUCAAUUAAUAAUUUCUUAGUAAUUGUAACUCGUAAUUACAACCGCG